AAUAUCAGCUUAUAAAUGCAGUAUGGAUUCUUGAACGUAUUAGUACAACAUAAAGCCAUGAAGAUACCGGUGUUAUUAUUGUGUUCUGUGGCAGCACUAACAUGUGCAGUCGAAGUAAAGCGCAGCAGACGAUUCCCGAAACACUUCAUUUUCGGCACCAGCACCGCAGCUCAUCAAAUCGAGGGAGCAUGGGACGCAGAUGACAAAAGUGAGAGCAUCUGGGACUACUUAACCCACAACAAUCCGGGAGCCAUCUCAGACCAAAGCAAUGGUGACAUAGCGUGCGACUCGUACCACAAGUACAAGCGCGACGUGGAGAUGAUGAGGGAGCUGGGCAUCGACUCGUACCGCUUCUCGGUGGCGUGGUCGCGCAUCCUGCCCAACGGCCUGGCGGACCGCGUCAGCGAGGCCGGCAUCGCCUACUACAACAACGUCAUCGACGAAGUGCUCAAGUACAACAUUCAGCCGAUGAUCACGCUCUACCACUGGGACUUGCCGCAGAAGCUGCAGGACAUGGGCGGCUUCCUCAACCCUCUCAUCGUGGACUGGUUUGCAGACUACGCCCGAGUCGUGUUCGACAACUUCGGCGAUAGAGUCAAGACUUUUAUCACAUUCAACGAGGCGGCGCAAGUUUGUCAUGACGGUUACGGUUCCGUAACGAAGGCGCCGAUGUUAAACAUUACGGAUGUUGGGGAGUUCAUUUGUGCGAAAAAUCUUAUUCUCGCUCACGCUAAAGCGUACCACGUGUACAAUGAUGAGUUCAAGCCUGUACAGGGAGGGUCGUGUGGCUUCGCUAUAGCUGUAGGUGCUGCAGAGCCUAUUGCUGAUUCUGAAGAAGUUCUUCAUGCUGUAGAGUUAUUCAACCAGUUCCAGUGGGCGAUGUACACUGAUCCAAUAUUUUCUAAAGAUGGAGGAUUUCCGAAAGAGCUCUUAGAACUUGUAGCUCAAAAGAGCGCUGCCCAGGGUUACCCAAGGACCAAGCUAUCUGACUUUACGGAAGAAGAGAAGGCAUACAUACGUGGGACGAGCGACUUCUUCGGCGUGAACCACUACACAGGUGUCAUUGUAACAGGCUGGAAGCUUGCCGCGGCCUCAUCCAUGGAGUAUGUUGAGAUCGGCCGAACUCAGGAUAAGGAUUGGCCUCAAGCUGUUUCAUACUGGUUGCGUCAAAUGCCUAAAAGUCUGUACAUUGCUCUGAAUGAAAUACAAAAAAGGUACGGUAAUAUACCUAUCUACGUGACCGAGAACGGCUGGUCGACGCACGAGGGUAUUGAGGAUGACGAGCGCGUCGACUACUACAGAGACGCGCUGGAAGACGUGCUCGACGCUCUGGACGAGGGCAUCGACGUUAAGGGCUAUUAGAGCGCUUGUAGACGUCCGUUUUUUUCACCGGAUAACGGACCGUGUUUUUUGCCGGAUUCGCGGUGGUGUAUGAAUUAUAAUGAAUGUGUGUACAUGCACCGGACAUCGGUCCGGCGAACAAUUUACGCCGGAUGCACCACCCCUUCCCCUCGGCGCGACGGACACCGGUCCGGUGUAAGAAAUGGCGGUCAUCCACGCCAGUGUAUUGGUGCGUGUUGACGCUGCCGGACGUAUUGCCUGUUUUCUGUUAAUUGAGUGCCGUCUACCUGCGUUCUAACGCAUAUAGACGGCAGUCCAUCCAUCCGGUAAAAAACUUAUGUAUACAAAGAUAGCCGUUUAUUCACGGUCCGUUAUCCGGUGAAAAAAACGGACGUCUACAAGCGCUCUUACGCCU